AUGGUGUUUGAUCACAGUAUACGUUCUACCAGUGAACAUUUUGAAGAUAUUAUUGACACCCUGGGAAGACCUGUACGGCCUUAUCUACCCGUCGUCAGCCGUUUCCUCAUUGUCGCCACUUUUUAUGAAGAUGCUCUUCGAAUUCUGGUGCAAUGGAAAUAUCAAUGUAUUUAUCUCGAGAAUUCACGCCACUUUCCAAGGUUCUUGGCUCAAGCAUUCUUGGCACUCAAUGUUGUGGCCAUGUGUAUCGCUUCAACCUCGAUCAUUGGUAAAAAAUGGGUGGGAUCAAGCACCUGUGUCUUGACGUCCGUGAUUGUAGCCCAGGCAUUGGCCUAUGGUCUUGUUUUUGAUAUGGCUUUCUUCAUUCGUAAUUUGUCAGUCACUGGUGGACUGCUCAUGUGUUUGUCAGAGUCCUUGCUUCGUCGACGAUCCAAGAAUGUGUUUGCGGCCUUGCCUCAGUUAUCCGAAAGUGAACGUCACAAAUACUUUCAGCUCGCUGGGCGAAUCAUGCUGGUCCUGCUGUUCCUCGCAUUCGUCAUCAACGGUGAAUGGAGUCUCCUGCGUGGUGCUGCAUCGCUCAUCAGUCUGGCAGCGUGUUUGAUGAUUAUUGUGGGAUUCCGCGCCAAAUGGUCCGCUACUUUGCUUGUCACCUGUUUAUGCGUCAUGAAUGUACUCGUCAACAAUUGGUGGUCCGUGCAUCACUCCUACUCCACCCGUGAUUUCCUCAAAUACGACUUUUUCCAAACCCUCAGCAUCAUGGGGGGUUUCCUGCUCCUUAUUUCUAUUGGCCCAGGAGGUUUGAGCUACGACGAAAAGAAGAAGGAAUUCUAG